UUGCGAACUUAUUUUAGAACUUCGUCAGGGUCCCACUGUCAGUGCAUUCAGUGGUACACUGAAGCCGUACAUCGGAGUCUUCUUUACUAUGACUGACAGCUAUAUUUUCCAAGUAAUAUUGUCUGUUGUUAUUUUAAGCGCCAGACCGAAUGCUACGACGGCGAACAAUGGGGACGAAGCGGAAAUGGUUGUCCCGCUGGCGUUAUCCGGGAGCGAGUUUUACCUCCUUCAGGACGCGUCUGGGCGAAGUUGGAACAGACGCAGACAGCGCACCGCCGCCGAGUCGGAAAUCAUUCAGUCUGACAAGGACAACUUGUUUCUUUUGUUGCCGGCUUUCGGCAAGGAGCUGUAUUUGCAUGUCAAAAGAGAUGCCAGAUUUCUUUCUAAACGUUUUGUCAUCGAAGAAAAGAAUGAAGGAGGUAUCUCACGGCUUGGUCAUAUUUCUGAUGACCAGCUCUGUUUCUACACCGGGAAAGUGCUCAAUCACACAAACUCUCUUGCAUCACUCAGCACUUGUGGUGGUGGCCUGACAGGCCUGGUAACAGCAGGAAAUGACAGCAUGUUCAUCGAACCUGUGGGGGACGGGCAACUCUUCUUCUCUGGCGUGGAGCAUAGGGUGGUCCGGCAGAGACAACACCCCAAACCCAGCCCUCCUGCCUUACGGACACACCCCAAACACUGCCAACCUGUGCCAGGAAGGAGGAAGCGAGAGGUCCAGAACAGCAGCGUUCCGCUGAGCGGGGACUUCACCCUGGAGACGGUGGUGGUGGUUGACGCGGACAUGGUGCAGUACCACGGUGCACGGCCUGUACAGAGGUUCAUCCUCACCGUCAUGAACAUGGUUCACAGCAUGUUUCAGCAUCAGAGCCUGGGCUACCCAAUCAACAUCCGCAUCAGCAAACUACUGCUCCUGCCCAGCCGCCCGGAGGGCCUGAAGAUCAGGCAUCACGGGGAGCGCUCCCUCCACAGUUUCUGCCGCUGGCAAGACCAGGAGUUCAGCCAUGUCCGUAACCUGGGAAACAACCACAUUCCUGGAGGAAGGGAUGGCCCGCCUGCUGUGGACGUAGCUAUUCUAGUGACCCGGACAGAUUUUUGUGUCCUUAAAGACGAGCCUUGUGACACCGUAGGAAUUGCCUACCUGGGUGGAAGCUGCAGCUCCAGGAGGAGGUGUGUUCUGGUGGAGGACAACGGUUUCAACCUGCCCUUCACCAUCGCCCAUGAGCUAGGCCACAGCCUGGGCAUCAGCCACGAUGAUGAUCAUGCCUCCUGCACCAGCCACUCCCACAUCAUGUCCGGGGAGUGGGUCAAGGGCCGUAACCCCAGCAACCUGUCCUGGUCCAACUGUAGCCGUGGCGACCUGGAGAACUUCCUCAGGUCAGAAGCCAGUGCCUGCCUGCUACAUACAGACCCCCGCGGUCACACCCCCGCCCGCUCGCCCUCCAAGCUCCCCGGCAUGCACUACAGUGUAGACGAACAGUGCCAGAUCCUGUUUGGCUCCAACGCCACAUUCUGCAGAGACAUGGAGCACCUGAUGUGUGCAGGUCUGUGGUGUCUGGUGGAGGGGGAAGGGGAGGAAUGCCAAACCAAACUGGACCCCCCUCUGGAAGGGACCGAGUGUGGCACUGACAAGUGGUGCAGGGCAGGGAGCUGUGUCAGUAAGGCCCCACUCCCCCAGCACGUGGAUGGUGACUGGGGUCCCUGGAGCUCCUGGAGCACCUGUAGCCGCACCUGUGGGACCGGAGCCCGCUUCCGGCAGAGGAAGUGCGACAACCCGCCCCCAGGCCCCACGGGCAGGCCCUGCCAGGGUGGCAGUGUGGAGCAGCAGGCCUGCCAGGCACCUCCCUGUGCCAAGGGUGUGCCCACCUUCAGGGACCAGCAGUGCCAGUCACACGGCAGUAAGCACAGCAGCAGUAUGUGGACAGCAGUCAUCAAUGACGAGAAGCCCUGUGCCCUCUUCUGCUCCCCUUUGGGGCAGGAAGUUCCGGUUCUGGUGGCGGAACGGGUUCUGGAUGGGACGCCCUGCGGGCCGUAUGAGACGGACCUGUGUGUGAGCGGCGUGUGCCAGCCGGUUGGCUGCGAUGAGAUCAUUGGCUCAUUGGCUGCGGAGGAUCACUGCGGCCUGUGUGGGGGUGACGGUCAGUCCUGUGAGGUGGUGAAGGGACACUUCAAUCAAAGCACGGGAAACGGAUACACUGAGGCUGUGGUCAUCCCCGUCGGUGCACGGAGGGUCAAGGUGGAGGAGAACAUGCCGUCACAAGGCUUCCUAGCCCUAAAAGACUCUAGUAACGGCUCCAUCAACAGCGACUGGAAGAUUGAGCUGCCUGGGGAGUUUCAGCUGGCAGGAACCAUGGUCCGCUAUGUGAGGAGGGGCCUUUGGGAAAAGAUGUCCGCCAAGGGACCCACAAAGAUGCCCCUGCACCUCAUGGUGCUGCUCUUCCACGGCCAGGCCUACAGCAUCCAGUACGAGUACACAGUCUCUCUCAACCGCUCUGUGUCUGAGGCUGCAAGGCCUGGGGGUCGCCAGCAGGGGGAGGCAGAGCAGCAGGAGGAGCCGGGGCUCAUGUAUGUGUGGAUGCACAGCCGCUGGGAGAACUGCAGUGUCCAGUGUGGUGGAGGGGACAGAAAGACUGUUGUUUCGUGCGCAGUGGUUGCGAACAGGACUCUGAGUGUGGUCAAUGACAGCUACUGCCACCUGGAGAACCGGCCGCUUCCUGAGGUCAGACGCUGCCACACCCACCCAUGCCCGGCACAGUGGGUGCCAGGUGCGUGGGGGACCUGCUCUGUGACCUGUGGGGCGGGGCUGCAGGUGCGGGAUGUGGUCUGCGUGUCCCAGCUGCAGAACGGGUCUUAUACCCGCACCCUGGAUUGGCCCUGCAGCAGACCCAAGCCCCCGCCCACACAGGGCUGUGAGGACCGCCGCUGCCCUGCCCAAUGGGAGACUUCCGAGUGGACUAAGUGCUCGUCAAAAUGUGGCCAUGGCACCCGCAGGCGUUCUGUCGCGUGUAACAGCCUACAGGACAUGUGUGACUCCACCUCUCGGCCCACGGAGGAGGAGCCCUGUGAGGACCACACCCACUGCAAUGAGUGGCAGACUGGAGAGUGGUCAAAGUGCUCAUCAACUUGUGGGAGGGGCCACCAGUCCAGGGUUGUCCAGUGUAUGCAUAAAGUGACUGGGCGCCAUGGCAACGACUGUCCAAUAUAUUUCAAGCCCCCAGCCUCCAGACGUUGCAGCCAAGGGCUGUGCACGAAAAACAUGAACGCAGCUUUGACCCAGCGCCCAGUGGCUUUGACCCUGCGCCCAGAAGCUUUGACCCAGCGCCCAGCGGCUUUGACCCAGCACCCAGAGGCUUUGACCCAGCACCCAGAAGCUUUGACCCAGCACUCAGAGGCUUUGACCCAGCGCCCAGCCACUUUGACCCAGCACCCAGCCACUUUGACCCAGCGCCCAGCCGCUUUGACCCAGCGCUGUGGGCGGGACCGCUGGGCUGCAUUGUGCCAGCUGGUCCGGGAAAAGCAGCUCUGCCAGGUCAGGAGAUGGCACCAGGACUGCUGCCAAACCUGCCAGGACCUCACCACAAACACCGCCCCUCAAAACAGCUAACGGUUCUCGCUGCCCGUGCUGUAUCACCGAGACUGUAUCUACUGUCAUCAUUAAUAUGUCUGUUUAAACAAAAUAACCCAGCGGAAGACAUGGGAAGUAAGAGUGGCUUCCAAAAUGUCACCUAAGAUAGGGGUUUGGCACUGCAGACAGAGCAGCAGGAACACUCAGGUCCUAUAGCUUGCCUACACUUAAACUGUUACCUGAAGAAUUUAUGGUUCAGUCUAGGUCAUACCACUGUUCCCAUUCACAGACUGAGAUGAAUAGAGAGGGUCACGGACAGACAGGCAGGCAAGUGUGUGUGAGAGAGAGAGAGAGAGAGAGAGAGAGAGAGAGCAGGCAAGUCCCACAGAAUUGUUCUCCAGGUUGAUUACUGGUCAACAGAGAUGAUAUUUACUGAAACUCUUCAGCAGCUGCUGGGCUGUACCUUACUGUUGAUCUGGAGCCCCAUUCGCAUUAGGGGGAGUGUGGUAUCAUGGGUAAUGAGCUGGGGAUGUACCGUUGGUUGUGGGUUUGGUCACCACUGCUCCUAUUGGCCCUUCAUAAGGCAUGCAACCUUGGUUACACCCACUCUUUAUUUUGCUGUUUAUUAUGGUUGUUUUUUUAUUCUUAUUAAUACCUAGUGGCACAUUACUUACUGGUUUAUUUCUUUACCACUGUUGCCAUUUGUUUUUCUUAUUAAUCCAAUAUCUUUUGAUAUCCAUGUACUGUAAGACUUCAGUUGCACAGAUUGUUUGGAUAUGAAAUGGUCAUGAAGAUCUAUGGUGCUGAUUUGGUAAAAUAUGUCUAAAGAUUUUAGUAUUAAAUGCUGGAAAAAUUUGUGUAUUCCAGGGAUAUAACAAUCAGUUUUAUGUAAACGAUUUUCUUAGCAUUUUUUGUACUUGCAUAUGUGUGCUGAUGUACAGAAAAAUAGUAAUGCUUUCAGAAAAAAAAGUGUAUUGUAAAUUAAUUGUUUUCUAAUUAUUUGAUCAGAAUAAAAACUUAAGUUAUAUAUUUUAUUCAAAUAUAUUUGUCAUAACUAA